AUGGAAGGCUCUUCGAGAGCUGCGAAAGCGGCCGACGUUGGCCGUGGUAACCCGUGUUCUGCGUUGCCCAAGGAUUGCCGUGUCAUCUUGCCUCCGUUACCAACAGGUGAAGGAAAAAUGCGCGCAGUUGUAUUGUACUGCAACGUCACUGGGCGCCCUUAUAGAAUCGACGACUUCCGGAAGCCCUUAAAGGAUGCUGGAGUAAUUCAGGAAGUAGGUGGAAUUGGUGCAGAGCAAAUGUCGCAGGUGUGGCUGCUGAACAUGAAGACAGAUAACGCAAAGCACAGGCUGCUAGACGCCGGACCGCUACUGGUGAAGAACCGGCCAUGCCACGUCAUUGAUCCAGCGCAGCAAGAACUCAGGAUUAAGCUACACUGGGUCGCGUUCGACGUCACCUCCGAGACUAUUCGGCGAGCCUUCCGAGAGUAUGGCGAGAUAAAGGAAGUCAUCAGUGAUCGGUGGAAGGCCGAGGACUUUGAGGGCGCCGAGUCAACGACUCGUCUAGUGCGUCUUUUGGUGCGCGAAGGUGUCACACCAGACCGCAUCCCACAUCAGAUGCGUCUUGGUAGCGGCACUGGGCUAGUGGUUGUGCCUGGACAUGCCCCGUUAUACCUCCGUUGUCACAAUACUGGACACAUACGACGUGAAUGCCGAGUGCCCUGGUGCGCUGCUGGCCGAGCGGUCGGGCACGAGCAGGCUAAUUGUACUCGCUCGUACGCCAGAGUUGCAAGCGUAGGCGGUGAAGUAGACCGGAGCGAGAUGCACAUGGACGAAGAGGAAGCGGAGACUCCGGCGCUGCCGGGAGAACCGGCGGACGCGCCGGCGGGACGAGCGUUCGUCGAGGCGCCAGCAUGCAGUGGCCUAGGUUGCCGAGGUUACGGUGGGCAGUCGCCAACAGCAGCGACGCGACGCUCGGAUGACUCUCGACGACUGCUCCGACGACAGUGCUCGGAGCGUCUCAGAGCGCUCCAAGAUGGAGGAGAGCAAUCGAGAAGAACCUGCCGAACCCAGUGCGCGUGUCCUCUUUCGACCAGCCGAAGACAACGCCGCUCGCGAAAGCGCUCCAGAGCGCUCAGAAACGACCAGCCGAAGAUGGCAUACGUCUGUCCGGGAGUGGUGGGAAAACAGCUGAACUCAAGACCAGUAAGCGAGGCCAUUGCGAGGCUCGAAGGCAGUGAUUCUACGGACGAGGCUGCAAUGGACGCCGAGGCAACACCUACGAAGCGCCGACUCAACAAAGCAAGCACGGGUUCUCGAAACACGCGGCUAUGA